UCGUCGUCGCUAGAUUCAGCCUCUUUUGCAAAGUAGAUUCCAUACUGUGCAGUGUUCUCACCCGGAGCUAAGGUCAAAUAAUUGACGACUUGCACGGUUUUCUUUUUUAAGAAUGGCUCUUAACAAAGCUGAAUUAGCCUGUGUGUACUCGGCGCUCAUCCUCGUUGACGACGAUGUCGCCGUUACCGAUGAGAAGAUCUCGACCAUCCUGAAGGCUGCCAACGUCGACAUCGAGCCAUACUGGCCCGGUCUCUUCGCCAAGGCUCUGGAGGGAAUCAAUGUUAAGGACUUGAUCACCAACAUUGGAUCCGGCGUAGGUUCCGGUGGCGCUGCACCAGCUGCUGGUGGUGCCGCUGCCGCUGCAGCCCCAGCUGCUGCCGAGAAGAAAGAAGAGAAGAAGGAGGAAGAACCCGAGGAAUCUGAUGAUGAUAUGGGAUUCGGUCUUUUCGGUUAGAUUCUUUCUCAUCGGAAGAUACGACGUGCGGAAAAAGAAGCACACUGCUUUUAUUCCCUGUAACAUUACGAUUUUUACAGUUGUAAUGUACACGUUUACAAAUAAAAAUUAGGUCUACGAGUUGAAAAA